CAACGAAGUACGAUAAUUAGUGUUUCAUAAUCAAAAUCACCCCUCACUCCAUACCUUCGCUCCUCCAUAUCAUAUUUCCUCUCUCUCUCUGCCGUGCGAUGGCUCUCGAACUCCUCUACCACUCAUCCUCCCCAUCUCUCUACCCCACAAACACCUCUUCGUCCUUGCUUGUCAUCCGCUUCUCCGGCCCAGUCCGUGUAUCCUCAGUUAGAAUCACACCAGAGGGCGUGAGAUGUCCUGAUGGCUCUGGCGUAACAUACCCUUCAAACUGGACGGGACAGUUGCUCUUCAACGUUUCCCCAUCCAACCCUGUCAACGCCCUUCUCUCUACCAACAUCACAUACAACGCAGCAUUGCACCCGGUAGAUUACCCUAUUGAUAUGCCCCAAGGCACCACCAGCCGGAUGAUGAUGUUACGUGCCCCUGUAGAGAAGCUCUCCAUCUCAGUCUACGGCAAUACAGACGAGUCACCGGGAGAUGACCCAGAACAGGAGAAUGCAGUAAAAGAGCAGAGGCCAUCAGAGCUGGCUUUGGAAAAAGAAGAUCCAUCUUGGCUCUGGCGCUGGGCAGGCGAUUCACCAGACUGUCUGAUCGACCUGUUGAACGCCUAUACCCGACCAGAAGUUAUAUCAAGAACACUUGAAUGUCUUGAUCUAUUAUCAGAUUUGGACGACAGCAUAAUUCCCUCUUUACUCGAGCGUCCUAAUGCUUUAGAAUACCUCUUCCGUAUACCGACAUCAACGUUCUCGUCAAAAAUUAAGAAUAACUACAAAUGGGCUUUUCAUCCGUCGGUGGAGCCUCUAUUAGCGACCGACCACCCCUUUGUCCCCCUCUUAGGGCCUGACACCUCUGCAAGGCAUGCUGCGGCAUGGCAGCGCCUAUCAUUAGGCAAGGCUGCUCUUGCUUGCCUCAUUGACCUAGGUGCCAGUGUCAGGGAGGAUGACUUGAUGAGAGUCGAAAAGGGGGAGGAAAAGAGUAAUUUGGCGAGAUUGUUGGAAAUGGGUGAAAAGUUUGCUCAGGGUGAGGAUGGGGAAGGGCUGGAUAUGGUGCUCGACCUGCUUGACUCGGCGGAGCUCGAAAUCGUAGACAGCAUUAUUGCGCAAGAAUACUUGGCAAGGACCAUCCCGAGAUUAAGCGUCAUCGCUAUCGCACUCUCCAAGAACGGGAAUAGAAGAGGAAAUGGCGCAAUAAGAAGUCUUAAGAUAGGAGAAGAGCAUGCGAGACUCGUGGUCAACGCUCUUUUGCUAUGCUCGACAGAAAUUAUCAACGGGAAACUGACCUUCUCUAUCGCCAGGAAACUCGCUGAGCCUUACCUACCCCGACUUGAAUCAUCCGACCCGCUUCGAAUUGUCUUUACUACUUCCCAUCCAUCACCUACCGCUGACGCUCUCUCUGACCCUGAUCCUACCGCCCGUGCCCUCGCCCGUCUCUCCCAUGCCAUCUCUUCCUCUUCGUCCUCCCUCGCCCUUGACACCUCCAUUGUCCCCUCUUUUUCCCCCCCACUCUCAUCCUCAUCUAUCACUCACAUCCUUCCUCCGUCCACUAUCCUCACCUUCUUAGCUCCUCACUUCACCUCUAUUCUCUCAACAGCCAUCUCCCCGCCCUUUGGCAUCCAACCCUCCGCCACAUACACCUCCCCUGAAAUGCAAGGGGCUAACGUUUGGGCGGGCAAGGUGUAUACUUCGCAUGAGUUUAGGAGUAGGGAGCUGGUAGGGUUGGGCAUUGGACCAGGGGGGAGAGCGGCGAGUAAGCACGUUGAUGAGUAUGCUUGAAAUUACUCAAAGCCAGGGAUGAAGAGUGGAUGCUGUCUUUUUCCCCGUUGGGAUAUGUGAAAUGUGCAGAUUUCUUGUUGUAUGCGGUAAAUUAUACCAGCUUUUGUCAUCAAAGUCAAUCAGCCAAAGUUCAAACCAGAAGUCCAUAUUAUAUGUUCACACUACUAUAUAUGUAUCCCAUCAAUGGACCCAAUGCCUUUUCUUUGUAACUUGUUGUCAUGGUAUUUCCUGCCUUGUUUGAUUGCUGGGAAGUAGAAGAUGGAAUGAUAAAGUAAGGCAGGAGCCUCGAAGUCAGUCUACGUGCUUAUCUAGCAUGAUCUUGUAGGCACUGCGCUAUAUUUACGUGUUCAUCUUCCCGCAGUCUCCAGUCUUCAGUCUUUAGUCUUUACCUUUCGUCUCCCAAAUCCGAGAUUCUCAAAAUUAGUUCUGCCAAAGCAAAUGAUGACGACAGAUGAACGACUGAUGGGAGGGAUUAGUUAUUGGGAUGCUCGCUGGAUGCGUGGAUCUUGUGGAUGGCGAUCCGACGACGUCAACUGUCCCUCGCGUACGCGUUUAGUUCAGGGAUCAGGUCCUUUUGUUGUUCAGGUGCCGGGAACUUCCCUGAGGAAUCAGAAAUCAGAAACCAGGUCCAUCCGGCUAUAGCGGUUGAAUGAGGCACAUGAGGCAUGAGGCACAACUGGUAACUCUUCUUAUCUCUUACGGUGCUUUAAUUUUAUACUUGCU